AAAGUGAAAGUGAAACCGGAAGUUGCACGUUGUGCUGCAAGUUCUCGAAGUUAGUUAUGCAACACAGAGGUUUGACAGAUAUAAAAAGAACAUUUUUAUUCGAAAAUUAAGUAAAACAUGUUCUUUCCUUAGUGUCAGGAAUGGCUGGAGAAGAACAAGAAGAAGAAUUACAGGCACUUCAUGCAAUAUUUAGUGAAGAUAUAACAGAGAUAUCGGGUAACCCGCCAUGUUUUAUGAUUAAGCUUACCAAUAUAACAGUUAGCUUAUCAGGUCCUAUAUCUGUCAGGUUCAUAAUGCCUGUGGACUAUCCUGGGACAAGCCCACCUGUAAUAGAAAUACCAAUGAGGAACAAAGUUUUAUCAGACAAGCAGCUGUCUGACCUGUUACAGUACCUGCAUACAAUAACAGAUGACAACCUAGGCAUGCCAGUCAUAUUUACCUUGGUAGAUGCUGCCCAGCAAUGGAUUAAUACAAAUGUUGAUGAGCAGGCUGAAAGUACAAUUGAAGAGAUUUCUCAAGAACAAGAGGAUAUUAACUUGAUGACAAAAAUAAAACUAACUGAACCAAAGACAACAGGAGGUAGAUGGGAAUAUAUAAUUGGGUUAAUAGGGAAACCUUCAGCUGGUAAAUCAACAUUCUUUAAUGCAGCUACAAAAAUGGACUUAGCUAAAAUUGCUGCUCACCCAUUUACAACAAUAGAACCAAAUAUUGGAAAGGCUUACUAUUCUAUAUGUUGUCCUUGUCAUGACCUUGGCCUGACUUUGUGUGAUGCUGCAUAUGGACAUGAUUUUAGAGGGGAUCGAAAUGUACCUAUUUUGAUUAAAGAUGUAGCAGGACUUGUUCCUGGUGCUUGGGAGGGUAAAGGAAAGGGAAACAGAUUUUUAAAUGACUUACUAGAUGCUGAUGUUUUAGUGCACAUAGUUGACAUUUCUGGAACUACAAAUGAAAAAGGAGAAGAAACAGAACAAUAUGAUCCGAUUAAAGAUGUAACAUGGUUAUACCAAGAACUUCAUCAGUGGAUAUUUCAAAAUGUGUGGAGUAAAUGGGAUAAUAUUGUUAGAAAGCCAACUAAAUUGAUAGAUAUGUUCACUGGUUACCAUGCUAACAGGGCAACAAUACAUACAGCAUUGGGUAAUGCAGGAAUUAGAGAAAGAGAACUAUCUUGCCUACCUGACUGGAAAGAAGACAUUGUUCACAGAAUUGUGGAUCAUUUUUUAAAACUUAGAUUUCCUAUGUUAUUGGUACUUAACAAAGCAGAUUUAACAGCUUCAGAAAGUAACAUAAAAAGAAUACAAGAAGAAUUACCAGACUAUACCAUGAUACCAGUAAGUGCCAAAACAGAAUGUGGGUUACAGAAAUUAGCUAAAGAUAAUGUGAUACAAUAUAAACCAGGAGAUAACCACUUUGUUAUAAGCUCAGACUGUGAUAUAAACACCAAUAAUUUCGUCAAAAAUGCACAAGAUAUUUUUUCUAGAAAUGGAUCAACUAAUGUGCUGGAAGCUUUGAGGCUUGCUGUUAAAUUAAAAGAACCUGUGUAUUCUUAUCCAGUGCACUGUUUAGAUACAUUUCAUUCUAUAGGAAAACAUAGUUUUAAUGAUAGUAAAGUAUUAUUUGACUGCCUGUUAUUAAAACCCAGAACUACAGUGGAGGAAUUAUAUAAUGUUAUGUUGCAUUACCCUUUACAGAUGUUGACAGGAGAUUUUGUAAGAGCUGAGACGUGUGAUGAAAAUCAAAAGAAGAGGCCUGUAAAGAAAGAUGAAGUUUUAUCAAAGAGUAAUAAUAUAAUUAGGAUUAUGACUACAAAAAGGUCUUGAUACCUUAAUAAAUAUAGAAUAAUGGUGUUGAAAUAUAUGUAAUCUGUUUCUUUUUUCUUACUUUGCAAAUAUUUCUAGAUGGAUUUCUUUCUACUUUGUAUGCUGAAGUUAAACAUCUUAAACUGAUAACCUUCUGUAACAAUGAUCACCUUAAAAACAUUCCUGAAAUUUUUUUUUUUUUUUAAUUUUUAGCUCUACUUAUUAUUUAUUGAUUCCGAUUGAAUAAAUAUGAAUUUUUGUUGCA